CGAGAGCCUCAUAGAACGGAGGGAGCUGCCAUAAACAGAGGCAGAGUGCGCCUUAAAGAGCUGGAAAGCGAAACAACAAAACAUUGCUGUGUCAAUGUUCUAACAAUGAAUCUAAUCGCCAUGGUUUGCAUAAAGCUGUUUAUUUUCUUGUACUGCGCGACAAACACCGGGGGGCAGUAUGGAAACCCUCUGAAUAAAUACAUUAAGCACUAUGAAGGCUUGUCGUACAACACUGAUCUAUUACAUCAGACGCACGAACGUGCCAAAAGAGCGGUUUCCCCCGCCGAUCAAUUUGUGCAUCUGGAUUUCCACGCACAUGGCAGACACUUCAACCUCCGAAUGAAGAGAGACACCUCCCUGUUUACAGAUGAUUUUAAAAUAGAAAUGUCAGGAGAAGAAACCAAUUAUGACACCUCCCACAUUUACAGUGGAGAAAUCUUUGGUGAAAAGGGCAGCAUGAGCCAUGGCUCUGUAGUGGAUGGCAGGUUCGAAGGCUUCAUCCAGACUCACCAAGGAACCUUCUACGUGGAGCCAUCGGAAAGAUACUUGGACAGAUCAGUGCCUUUCCACUCUGUCAUCUACCAUGAGGAUGAUAUCAAGUACCCACACAAGUAUGGAGCACAGGGAGGCUGCGCUGAUCACUCUGUGUUUGACAGGAUGAAGAAGUAUCAGGCUUCAGGGAUUCGUGAAGAGAAUCCAACGGAGACUCUAGUGGAGGAGCCCGCGGAUGGACCUGUCUUACUGAGGAAACGCAGAACCACCCAACCCCCUAAGAACACCUGCCAGCUCUUCAUCCAGACAGACCACCUGUUCUUCAAGUACUACGGCACACGGGAAGCGGUUAUAGCACAGAUCUCCAGUCACAUUAAAGCGAUUGACUCCAUUUACCAGAGCACAGAUUUCCUGGGAGUUCGAAAUAUCAGUUUCAUGGUGAAGAGAAUCAGAAUCAAUACGACGCAGGAUGAAAGAGACCCUUCCAACCCCUUCAGGUUUGCUAACAUCGGAGUGGAGAAGUUCCUGGAGCUGAACUCUGAACAGAACCAUGAUGAUUACUGCCUGGCCUACGUGUUCACGGAUCGAGACUUUGACGAUGGUGUUCUUGGACUGGCCUGGGUGGGAGCGCCAGCAGGCAGCUCUGGAGGUAUCUGCGAGAAGAGCAAGCUGUAUUCUGAUGGCAAGAAGAAGUCCCUGAACACUGGCAUCAUCACCGUUCAGAACUAUGCCUCCCACGUGCCACCAAAGGUCUCCCAUAUAACCUUCGCUCAUGAAGUUGGACACAACUUUGGCUCUCCUCAUGAUUCUGGAACAGAGUGCACCCCAGGGGAGUCCAAGAGCCAGAGCCUGAAGGAAAAGGGAAAUUACAUCAUGUAUGCCAGAGCAACUUCUGGUGACAAGCUCAACAACAACAAGUUUUCAAUCUGCAGCGUCCGCAACAUUAGCCAGGUGCUGGAAAAGAAGAGAGGAAGCUGCUUUGUGGAGUCUGGUCAGCCGAUCUGUGGAAAUGGAUUGGUGGAGAAUGGAGAGCAGUGUGACUGUGGGUACAGUGAUCAGUGCAAGGAUGAGUGCUGUUAUGAUGCUAACCAGCAAGAGAACCUCAAGUGCAAGCUGAAAGAGGGCAAAGCGUGCAGCCCCAGUCAAGGUCCUUGCUGUACAAAGGAGUGCACAUACAAACCUUCAACUGCAAAGUGUAGAGACGAGUCUGACUGCGCCAGGGAAGGGUCGUGCAAUGGCAUGCAGGCUAUGUGUCCAAUAUCGGAGCCCAAAAUGAACUUCACAGCGUGCCACAGGGGAACACAAGUCUGCAUCAAUGGGCAAUGCGCUGGCUCAAUCUGUGAGAAGUACGGUUUGGAGGAGUGCACAUGUGCAAGUACGGAUGGGAAUGAUGAAAGAGAACUGUGCCAUGUCUGCUGCAAGGAGAAAACAGACCAAGGAGUUUGCAGUAGCACAGGAUCAGAAAUAUGGUCAAAGUAUUUCUCCGGCAAAACAAUCACUCUGCAGCCUGGCUCGCCCUGCAACGACUUCAAGGGUUACUGCGAUGUGUUCAUGAAGUGUCGGCUUGUGGACGCUGAUGGUCCCCUGGCCAGGCUAAAGAAAGCAAUCUUUAACCCGGAGCUGUAUGAGAACAUUGCUGAGUGGAUUGUGGCUCACUGGUGGGCAGUGCUGUUGAUGGGGAUUGCUCUCAUCAUGCUGAUGGCUGGUUUCAUUAAGAUCUGCAGUGUCCACACCCCUAGCAGUAACCCAAAACUCCCUCCUCCAAAACCACUACCAGGCACUCUGAAGAGGAGAAGAGCGCAGAAUGCCAACCCCCAGCCCCAACGCCAGCGGCAGCCACGAGAGAACUAUCAGAUGGGACAGAUGAGACGUUAACAGGAGCUUUUUGCCUUGGUUCUUCCUAGUGCCUACAGUGGGAAAACUUCUCUCCAAAGAAAACCUGUAACAGUCCUUGUCCAGAAUCCAGCAACAAAACAAGAAGACAUAAAACAGCAGCCCUCGGGCCCAGCGAAGUGGAAGAGGUCACACAGCAUUAAUUUUUGAAUGGCUUUAUCUCUCAAUGAGGAAUGAAGAGAACAAAAUCACUAAUUUCCCUUACAAUGUGGUCUUAAUUUUUUAUUUUAUUUUUUUCUUCGAGCAAUGGACAUUUUUUUUUUUAAAUAACCUAAUGGCACGCCGUCUUCUUUUUUUUUUUUUUUUUUUUGGUAUAAUUUUCUGCCCUGCUUAAUCCUUUUGUUUAUGUUUGCUCCUUUUUUCUUUCAUUUUUUAAAGAAAUGCCCUCCUUUUGCAGGCAAACAUGACUGCAGGUAAAACAGUUUUUUGCUGUCAUUUAAGGCCAGGAAGUGAGACGACCUCAAAGUCAAAGAGACUUACUUGCCAAUGUAAUUAACAUUCUUUUACACAGGCCUGUAUUUCUAAUGCAUACCCAUACUUCUGCGUGCAAUUGUACAGAACAGAAAUUGCAAUAUAGAU